UAGCCUUGGGCAGCUUCUCUGACAGAGGGAAAUGUUCUCUCCAGUUACCAAAGGAUGGCAUGGAAGUUUCCUCUCCGUCUCUGCUGCAGCUUCACAAUCUGAUGACACGGGCUGCCCCAGUAGCCAGUCUGUAUCUCCGGUAAAGACUCCUCCUGAUACUGGAAACAGUCCAGUCAGUUUUUGUACAGGCAGUGAUGGAGGAGACUACACGAGAAAUAAAUUUAAUUCUGGAACAAUGGGGGAUGGAAUUCAACAAUCAGCUCGAUAUAAGAAGGAAACAAAGACAAGCCUCAUAAAGCCGGGCAGCGAAGCCGAUUUUAGCUCAUCAAGCAGCACAGGCAGCAUUUCAGCUCCUGAGAUCCAUAUGUCUACACCUGGAAGCAAGAGAUCAUCCUUUUCCCGCAAUCGGGGGCCUCAUGGACGGAAUAAUGGAUCCGUGUCAUACAAGGCUGGGUCUAGUCCUCCUACGACAGCCCGUGAAAAGGACUUCUUGUCAAUCCUGUGCAAAAAUCAGUUGAGUCCCAUUAGCGCUCACCCAAAUUAUGGGGCUUCUUCAGCCAGCAGCAGCAAUUCAGGUUCAUACAAGGGAAGCGAUAACAGCCCCGUUUUGAGGCGGUCAGCAAGAUACACUUCUUGUGGCGAGAAUCAUGGCGUUAAACCGCCUAGCCCAGAGCAGUACCUGACUCCCCUGCAACAAAAGGAAGUGACGGUGAGGCACCUGAAAACGAGGCUGAAGGAAUCUGAGACCAGACUUCAAGAGAGAGAAACAGAAAUCAAGGAAUUGAAGUCUCAGCUGGCACGUAUGAGGGAAGACUGGAUUGAAGAAGAGUGUCAUCGGGUGGAGGCCCAACUUGCCUUGAAGGAAGCAAGAAGAGAGAUCCAACAACUCAAGCAGGUCAUUGAAACUAUGAAAAACAGCUUGGCUGAGAAAGACAAGGGGAUUCAGAAGUAUUUUGUGGACAUAAACAUCCAGAACAAGAAACUGGAGACUUUGCUUCAGAGUAUGGAAAUGGCCCAGAAUGGUUCUUGUACUGAGGAUCGGAGCUUAGAGUAUGGGUGUGGAUCUCCUGAUAAAUCCUUGACUCUGAGUACAUCCUAUUCCAAAAUGGCAGACAGUGUCUUCACAGAGGACCACUCCUUGGAGGAUAUGGCAGACAGCGGUGUGCUGCUUAGCGAUGACGUGGCUAAUGGGAAUGAUAUAUUUGAAGAGACAGCAAUUGCCUGCACACCUGAACUCAGUUGCCCAACUUGCUCUACUGGAAGCCCCAUGGAUUUUGUUAAAGAACUAGCAAAUGCCAAAGAAGAGGAUGACAACCGUAGUGUGGGAAUGGAGCAAGCUAUUCAGGCCGAUGUAUUGCUGUAUAGCUCAGGCAUGGAACAGCUAAUUCAGAACAUAUUCAAAACACAAGAUGGCUGCCCCAUCAGCCCAUCUCCAACUUUGAAAGAAUCAGAUGCACCUUGCCCAGAGAACAUAACAGACUUGCUUGUAGAUUUGACUCCAUGUGAUCCAAAUUCCGUUAUCCUUUUAUCCCCGAUGGAAUCAGUAUGUGGGGCUGUCGAUUCUAGACAUUAUGAAAAUCGGGUCAUGAAAGAACUGGAUUUCAUUGACUGUUCUGCUGACACGUUUGAGGGUGCAAGGAAGCCGUCAGAAGGGAGCGUUGGCAAAAGGUACUGGAGCAGCAACCUCUUUGUAGACCUUUUGGGUAUAGCUGCCCCGAUGGUGCCAACAGUAAUGUGGAUGCUCAGUACGCAGAGAGGUGGAAUGGAUCCGAUCUACGGUUUCGGAUCAUUACUUCGAGGCUGCUGCCUGAUAGCCCUGAAUUCCCUCCGCCGUGUACCCAUCAACACCCGACCCUAGAUGCAACUGUCCUGUACGAGUGUGCCAAGAGGCUGUGUUUCGGUGGGUGUAGUAAGGCCAUGAAAAAGAUGGUGUCAGUAUCGGUAGUGGCCCUGUCCAUUUUGCUCUCAGUGUUUGAUUUGCACUAUAUUUAGUUGAAAAACAUAAUCAUUGUUUGAAACUGAAGAAGAAAAAGCUAUUGGUGGCAUGAAGACUUUGUUUCCACUAUGUGUAAACAUAAAUGCAUUUUAAAAAAGCAUGCUCAGCACUUCUUGUUCUGUUGUCAGAUAUAUGAAUUGUGAUAACCAAAUGUUUUCAGGUGUGAGGGGAAAGCUCAUUCUUCCAAAGGCAGCUGACAUAAUCCUGGCAUGUAUUGUCUGUAUGUGCUUUUUAGUGGCGCUUUAGUAAUGUAAUCACCCCUGCAUUCCACUGAUCCUGUGUACCAGGGGACCAUAACCAAAAAAAAAAA